GGUGCCAUUUCUACCUUUUUAUAUUUUUCCAAUUUUGUUCUUUUCUCCUCCGCCCCUUGCCGUCUGCUAUGAAAUUUCCUCUUCUUAUAAUUCGUUUCCAUAUUUCUUUUUUCUGGCGAUUUCUAAAAUUUUUUCUCGCAGAAUCUUGCUUAUGAGGAUGAAAGGAGGAUUUUCCCGUUUCAGGGGUAAAGAAUUCUCUCUUCUUCUCAUUGUUAUUUUGGGCACAACCAUUCUCAUAUGGGCAUGGGAUAGAGCCCCAUUUGUUACUACCUUACUUCCACCUAAAGAGCAGUUCCAGCUACCUCAAGCAUCUUCAGAACCACAUUUUCAAAUUAGCAAAGAUGUAGAUGUGGCUGAUCAGAAUCCUGCAGGCAACUAUUCACCAAGAACUCGUGUUCAAGAUAAAGAAACUCCCCCAGCUACAGAACAUACAGAAGCAAAAAAUAAACAAGUACUGGAAGUUGGAAAAAUUGGCAGUGGAGAAAGUUCUCCUUUGUCCAAAGCCAAAGAAAAUGCUAGCUCUUCUGUAACAGAAACAGAAGCUAAAGACAAUCUGGUGGUGGAAUUUGGAGAAAAUGGAAGUGCAGAGGGUUCUAUUGUGACAGAAACAAAAGGAAAGCAUGACCAGAAUGAAGGAGAAAAAGAUCUGAAACAAAAAGGGCAAACCCUGGAUUUAGCAAUACCAAUGGGUUAUGCAAGUGCAAACUCUUCCCUCAAGGAACAAGAUGAGAAGAAUAUUACAGUGCUUGUGAAUAACGAAGCCUGUAAUUAUGCAAAAGGGAAAUGGGUUGUAGAUAACAGUCGGCCUUUGUAUUCUGGUCUUGGCUGUAAGCGAUGGCUUGCACAAAUGUGGGCCUGCCGGUUGAUGCAACGCACAGAUUUUGCCUAUGAGAAGCUGCGAUGGCAACCAAACAAUUGCCAAAUGGAAGAAUUUGAAGGGGCCAAGUUCUUAAAAAGGAUGCAAGACAAGACUCUAGCUUUUGUUGGAGAUUCAUUGGGCCGACAACAGUUCCAGUCUCUAAUGUGUAUGAUCACAGGUGGAAAUGAUAGGCAUGAUGUCAUUGAUGUGGGAGAGAAGUAUGCACUUGUCAAACCUCGGGGUGGUGUCCGCCCUAAUGGGUGGGCAUAUUGGUUUCCAAGCACCAACACUACUGUGCUUUAUUACUGGUCAGCUUGCCUCUGUGACUUGGAACCUAUUGAUAUAAAAAACCCAGCCACUGAUUAUGCCAUGCAUCUUGAUCGGCCACCUGCUUUUUUGCGCUUGUUUCUUCACAAAAUAGAUGUCCUUGUUCUCAACACAGGGCAUCAUUGGAACCGAGGGAAGCUUAGGGAAAAUCGCUGGGUCAUGCAUGUGGGUGGUAUGCCCAACAGCAACAAGAAGCUGGCAAUGAUUGGAGAUGCCAAAAAUUUUACAAUCCACAGCAUUGUUGACUGGGUGAACAAACAACUUCCAAAACAUCCACGCUUGAAAGCCUUCUACCGGAGCAUCUCACCUAGGCAUUUUGUUAAUGGCGACUGGAACACUGGGGGAAGCUGUGACAAUACAACCCCCAUGUCUGUUGGAAAGGUAGUAAUGCAAAAUGAUUCUAGUGAUUAUAGUGCUGGUAGUGCAGUGAAAGGGACGGGGGUUAAGCUCUUGGACGUAACAGCUCUGUCUCAGCUGAGAGAUGAGGGCCACAUAUCACGAUUUAGCAUUACUGCCAAACCAGGAGUGCAGGAUUGCUUGCAUUGGUGUCUACCUGGUGUUCCUGACACAUGGAAUGAAAUCCUUUUUGCGCAAAUUAGUGAUAUGUCAAAGGUGCAGGAUGAAUAAUAUUCUUUUAUGGUUCAAGUCAAUAUCACCAUCAUUACUACAGGUAAUACAUGGUUCGGUGAUUUCAUUCAACAGUUUCAGGUUGGAGUGUUUUUUUUUUUUUUUAGGCAUUUCUGCAAUUGCGGCAAAUGUAGGGAAGAGCAUUGGAUCAAGAGGUAGUAGUAGGCAACUAGUAGUAGAAAGAGCCGUGGAAAUUUUGGAUUAGUGUUCUACAGUUGAUGAUUGUAUACAAAUAGAUACAAGCAAUUUCCACACAAUAGCAGUGUAUACUGUUGGGGAUACGUAUCUGUAACAUGCAUUCAAAUCAUCAUAUGGAAACAAACAGUAUGGAAUUUUGUUA